CACAAAUCUCAGGUGCUGAACGACGGCGAUAUUCAGCAAAUAUGACCGCCGCCGCAGCUCGCCGUUUGCAUCAUCCCCUUUCCACAACACUCUCCGAUCCAAUCUCAGUCAUCGCCGCCGUAAAAUCUCAACUCCUAUCGAUUAACCCUCAAAACCCCCAAUUCCACCAAAACCCCAAUCCUGCAAUGCUCAAUCAAUUCUCACAUUAUCUAACGCAGGAUUUCGUGCUCGAGGUCAUCAAAAAACAGCCAAACCCUUACCAUUCCCUCUUCUUCUUCAAUUGGGCGUCAAAUCCGGUUCCAAACCCUAACAAUUACUCCCACUCCCACUUCUGCUACAUCGCCAUCGCCGACAAACUCCUCACUCACAAAUUGUUCUCAUUAGCUGCCGAUUUGCUCAAAUCCCACGGUAAAUUUUCGGACUUUAUGGUGGGUAAGUUUAUCAAAGCCCACGGCGAUUUGGGGCACCUGAAAUCGUGUGCAGCGCUUUUUAAUCAGGCGAAAAGCGACGAAUUUGGGGGAUGUUUGUUUUCUUUCAAUUCUUUGUUAGGCAUUCUUGUUAAGAAUCAUAGAGUGAAACAGGCUUGGGGCUUUUUUGCGAAUGUUGUGAUUAAAUCGAGCUUUGUGAUCCCUGAUGUUUCGACUUACACGACGAUGAUAGUCGGAUUGUGUAAAGUGGGAAAUGCUGAGUAUGCAGAGAAACUGUUCGACGAAAUGCCUGAGAGAAAUUCGAGGAGUUAUAAUGCUAUAAUCAACGGUUUGUGCAAGAAUGGUUUAGUGGAAAGAGCUCGGAGAAUCUUGGAUAAGAUGGACGAAGAAGACGAAGCUUGCAAACCCGACGUGAUCGCAUACAGCAUCUUGAUCGAUGGAUACUGCAAAAAGGGGGAAAUUGAGAAUGCUUUGAAUUGCUUUGAUGAAAUGGUGGACAAGGGCAAAUGUGAGCCGAAUUUGUUAACAUACAAUGCUUUGAUAAACGGGCUGUGUGUGAACGGAGACGUGGACGAGGCAAAGAGGAUGAUGAGCAGGAUGAGGCUGGCUGGGGUGAGGGACAACAUCGUGACUCACACGAGCUUGCUCAAGGGUUAUUGCAUGGCCGGGAGAACCGACGAAGCCAUCAGCCAUUUCAAAGAGAUGGUUAGCCUUGGGAUGAGCCUCGAUCUCAAGUCAUACUCGGUGGUUGCCAACGAGUACUGCAAGAUUGGGAGGCCGGACGAGGCUAUUGCCCUGCUGAGAGAAAUGAAGGGUAGAGGCAUUGUUCCGAGCUUAACCAACUGCAAUAGCGUGUUGAGGAGUCUCGUUAAGUUGCGAGAGUUUGAUAAAGGCGUUCGUUUCUUGAAGCAGAUGGCGCAGUGGGGUUGUCGCCCCAACUUCGUGUCCUACAGCAUGGUGAUAGCCGGGCUUGUUGGAUGCGAGGGGAGGAUGGAGGACGUCGACAUUGUUGUUGAUGACAUGAUCCGAGACGGGCAUUGCCUAGAUGCCACGUUGUAUAGUUUGUUGAUACGAGCAAAGUGUGAGGGCGGAGACGUGGGGAAGGCGGUGGAUCUCUUGGAGGAGAUGAUUGGUGAGGGGUUGGUGAUGAAGAGAGAGAGCUUUGAAGUUUUUGUGAAGGAGAUGAGUGAAAGAGGCUUGGUGAAUGAGGUGGGAAAUGUGUUUGAUCGAAUGAGAAGUAGUGGCUUGGUGUUUGAUGUGGUGAGUUAUCAAAAUGUGUUGGAUAAGUAUGUUGGUAGUUGAUAACAAUUCUUUUACAACAAAUAUUUUUUUAAUAAAGUGUUACUUGUA